AUGAACGCCAACCCCGUGGUUGGGACAGAGGAGGCAGAAUCCUAUGAAGAGCAACACGUGCACGAAGUCUACGAGCAGAUCGCCUCGCACUUCUCCUCCACCCGCUACAAACCCUGGCCCAUCGUCUCCUCCUUCCUGUCCUCCCUCCGGCCUGGCUCCAUCGGCCUAGACGUCGGCUGUGGCAACGGCAAAUACCUAGCCGUGAACCGCGACGUCUUCAUCGUAGGCAGUGACCGCUCGUCCAACCUCGUGAAGAUCGCAAGCCAGUCUCAGAACCAGCCGCAUGCAGCGGUUGUGGCUGAUUCGCUCGCGUUGCCGCACCAGAAGGACCGCUUCGAUUUUGCUAUUAGUAUUGCCGUGGUGCAUCAUCUGAGUACGCGGGAGAGGAGAAGGGAGGCUGUGGGCGCGGUGUUGGAAUGUUUGAGGGACGGGGGGCGGGCGCUAGUUUAUGUGUGGGCCUUGGAGCAGAAGGGGAGUAGGAGGGGGUGGGAUGAAGGGGGUGAGCAGGAUGUUAUGGUUCCGUGGGUUAUGAAGAGCAGUAAAAAGGACGUGGGGGAGGCCGGGGAGACGGAGAAGACGUUUCAGAGGUUUUAUCAUCUUUACCGGAAAGGGGAGUUGGAGGAGGAUGUUGUGGAGGUUGGAGGGGAGGUUGUUGAAUCUGGGUAUGAGAAGGAUAAUUGGUGGGCUAUUUGUCGGAGACCGUUGAAAGAAUGA